GCACAGCCUAGGGCCCGCCUCCGUGAAAGACUGCCCGGCGCAUGCGGCCGGGCUGCAUCACUGGCUGCUGGGGCCACUGUGUGCGUCUCCCUCCUAGCUCCUUAACCGACAGGAGGAUCUGAAGCAGGCCUCAGGUUUGUUGACCAAACGAUGUUUUGGGGCCUCUGAAGCUGCGGGUCAGUGAUCAAUCCUCCCUGGUCAAAAAAUAAAAUGAAGUACAUUCUCGUUACUGGUGGUGUUAUAUCAGGAAUUGGAAAAGGAAUCAUUGCCAGCAGUGUGGGCACAAUAUUGAAGUCAUGUGGUUUACAUGUAACUUCAAUUAAAAUUGACCCGUACAUUAACAUUGACGCAGGAACAUUCUCUCCUUAUGAGCAUGGUGAGGUUUUUGUGCUGGAUGACGGUGGGGAAGUAGACCUUGACCUGGGUAACUACGAGCGUUUCCUUGACAUCCGCCUCACCAAGGACAAUAACCUGACCACCGGGAAGAUAUACCAGUAUGUUAUUAACAAGGAACGCAAAGGCGAUUACUUGGGAAAAACUGUCCAAGUUGUUCCUCACAUCACAGAUGCAAUCCAGGAGUGGGUAAUGAGACAGGCAUUAAUACCUGUGGACGAAGAUGGCCUAGAACCUCAAGUGUGUGUUAUCGAGCUCGGUGGAACAGUGGGAGAUAUAGAAAGCAUGCCCUUUAUUGAGGCCUUCCGUCAGUUCCAGUUCAAAGUCAAAAGAGAGAACUUUUGUAAUAUUCACGUCAGUUUGGUUCCCCAGCCAAGCUCAACGGGGGAACAGAAGACUAAACCUACCCAGAAUAGCGUUCGGGAGCUCAGAGGCCUGGGGCUUUCCCCAGAUCUGGUUGUAUGCAGGUGCUCAAAUCCUCUUGACACAUCAGUGAAAGAGAAAAUAUCAAUGUUCUGCCAUGUUGAACCUGAACAAGUGAUCUGUGUCCACGAUGUCUCAUCCAUCUACCGAGUCCCCUUGUUAUUAGAGGAGCAGGGGGUUGUGGAUUAUUUUCUUAGAAGACUGGACCUUCCUGUUGAGAGGCAGUCACGAAGAAUGCUGAUGAAGUGGAAGGAGAUGGCUGACAGAUACGAUCGCUUGCUAGAGACCUGCUCGAUUGCCCUUGUGGGCAAGUACACCAAGUUCUCAGACUCAUACGCUUCUGUCAUUAAAGCUCUGGAACAUUCCGCGCUGGCCAUCAACCACAAGUUGGAAAUCAAGUACAUCGAUUCCACGGACCUGGAGCCAAGCACCUUGCAGGAGGAGCCCGUGCGCUACCACGAAGCCUGGCAGAAGCUCUGCAGCGCCCACGGAGUGCUGGUCCCAGGGGGAUUUGGUGUCCGAGGGACAGAAGGAAAAAUCCAAGCUAUUGCCUGGGCCCGGAAGCAGAAGAAGCCCUUUUUGGGCGUGUGCUUAGGAAUGCAGCUGGCGGUGGUUGAAUUUUCGAGAAAUGUGCUGGGAUGGCAAGAUGCCAAUUCCACAGAGUUCGACCCCAACACCAGUCAUCCUGUGGUCAUAGACAUGCCAGAACACAAUCCUGGGCAGAUGGGCGGGACCAUGCGGCUGGGCAAGAGGAGAACCCUGUUCCAGACCAAGAACUCCGUCAUGAGGAAACUCUAUGGAGAUCCAGAUUACUUGGAAGAGAGGCACCGCCACAGAUUUGAGGUGAAUCCAGUCUUAAAAAAGUGUUUGGAGGAGCAAGGCUUGAAGUUCGUUGGCCAAGAUGGUGGAGGAGAGAGAAUGGAAAUCGUGGAGUUGGAAGAUCAUCCCUUCUUUGUUGGGGUUCAGUACCACCCUGAGUUCCUGUCUAGGCCCAUCAAGCCGUCCCCACCGUACUUCGGCCUCCUCCUGGCCUCCGUGGGGCGGCUCCAGCAUUACCUCCAGAAAGGCUGCAGGCUCUCGCCCAGGGACACAUAUAGUGACAGAAGUGGAAGCAGCUCCCCGGACUCAGAAAUCACUGAAUUGAAGUUUCCAUCAAUAAAUCAUGACUGAAGGGGUGAUUCUUCAAGAGAGCCUUCAGACUUUGGGAGUUUACAGCUUUGAUUUUACACUCAGCUUUUGACACCUCCUUUAAAUUAUGUUUUUAUUAAGAAUAUUUUAUUAUGGGGGAAAGGUAUUGGGAAGACUGUGACUCGCAUGUCCCAUCAUGUGUAUUGGCCCUUACACGGUGUGCUGCCUGGUGUUGACACUCUCCUUUUCGGCCCCCCAGCCUCAAACGAGAAGCGGGAUGUCUGGGCAGGCGUGGGUGACAGACAGGGCUGGUGGGGUACCCGCCAGUCACCUCGUUUCUCCAGCGACCGCGGGUCUGUGGAUUCAAGUGUGCAGCCUUUUGCUUCCAGGGAGGCCCAGCCCGCUACAAAGAGUACGCCAGGGCACGCAGCACGGAGGGUGACAGUAUCUAAUGCUCACAGCACUCGGUGCUGCCGACCUGAGGGCUUCCCGCCAAGGGCGGUGACGCCAGAAACAGCCUUGGCACUGCCCUGUGCCGCGGGGACUCUUCAUGCCAACUGUGUUCAAAGCGAUGGCCAGUUUGUGUCACAUGGAACAGCAAGAAGUCCAUGUGUCUGAAGCCCGAUUUUAGAAUCCCUGCUCUCUGGCUGUACUUCUCUCCUGGGGCUGGGAAACACUCCUUGCAUCAAGGGGUCGCUUAAAAAAGAACAAAGAAUUUUUGGGGGAAGCUGCCUCUAAAACCCUCUCACAUAUAGACAGCUUUGCUUGAAGCGUUUCUUCCUUCCAGGAUGGUGUUACUGCAGUUGAAAGGCAAUAUGAAAAUCUAUUUUCUUCACAAGAUGUAACAACAGGCACAGCUGUGUGCCCAUUAUAUUCUGGCUGGACUUGUAUACUCUUAACUUAAGAAAUAAAUAAUG